AAGCGUGGAGGAUAGCGGGGAAAUAAAAAUGAAGAACCCAAUAUUUUGAAUUCCUAUCUAUCUAAGAAGAUUUUUAACAGGGUUUCAAAGGAAAUACGCAGUGAUUUUAAAUCUCCCGAAGAAAACACGAGCGGAGGCGGAAAAAACGUGCAAAAUGAACCAACGGAUGGCCGCAUUCUAAGCAAAUGGGCCAUGGAUUCAAUCGAUCCGUGUUUGAAACUAACUUAGCCGUUGAGUGACAACGGAAGGAAAAUUCAAAUUUCAUGGAGCGUGAAAAAGCAUGAUUAUAUAUAACUCUCAGCAUUUGUAGACCAGUCUGGUUUUUUUUUUCACAUUGUGUUGGGUAGUCUGGUAGAGGAUGACGAGGCAAAGCAGAAGGUAGGAUCAGGAAAUAGCAACUGAAUGAGGGCAACAUUCUUCUUCCAGCUGGUCAGGGCACUGACAAUGGAUUCAUGGGUAGGUCCAUUUCUCAGAGGAGGCCUUACUAAGCACUACAUGACUCCCUCUGAAACUGCUCACAGGUGGAUGACAUUGUUUUACUCAGGAAAAAAGUAUGUGGAGUGGGACAUCUUAAUUCUAGGAUUGUCUGUGGGUUGUAGAAACACAGAGAAGCUGCAUUCAUUGAAGUUGACGUGUUUGGUGAGGUUGACAGGAAUGAUUACAAAUGGGACCUGGGUGGCAGACAGCAAGCUCACAACCCUUCUCUGCAACUUCCUCAAUGACAGUGGCAACAUGUUGCAGCAAAAAAACUGUAGUUUGAUAAGAAGGAUCCUAAGCAGUUUUUUGAAUUAGUAGUUCAUCAUGGUGUAUUAAAAACGAAUUAGGCUUGCACCAUUUAUUUAGUUAUAUUUUGGUCAAGCGUAUUGACUUGAUAGCAUUGUAACAUGUACAAAUAUGGUGUUUAAUAAAAAAAUUAUUGGAAGGGGUUAAAACCCCUUCUAAAGACUGAAGGGAAUAGUCACUGGCCAUGGUUAUUCCUUGAAGUCGUGUUUUUUGACAACUUAAAGAAUGGUCGAUAGGCCAAGACCAUUCUUUAAGUUUUGCAUCUCACUUUCUUUGCAUAUGUUUUUGUUAGUUUAUUUUU